GGAGUACUAUAUUGUGUCAGGCUGUCGACUGUCAGCCCUAACAUACUAAUCGAUCAGAAUCAAAAUCUUAUUCCAAAAUCUAACAAGGUUCAGCUCCCCCGGCGACGAUCCUCAAGGCCAGCGACGAUGACAACAGGUUUGGCAGCUACUAGUUACGGUCUUUUGAAGUGGAGAUAGCCAUGAAUUUUCAAUUUAUCAUUGUCUAACCAGAAUGCCGGGCAUACCCUUAGUUGCUCGUGAAACCACGAAUUCUCUUUGCAAUUGCAGUUACUCUAGAAGUGCAGAUCAGAUGUGCCGCCAAGAAUCUCGUGUCCAUUUGUCUGCGGAGGAGGAAAUCGCAGCUGAGGAGAGCCUUUCAAUAUACUGCAAGCCUGUUGAACUUUACAACAUUCUUCAACGGCGUGCUAUUAGGAGUCCAUCAUUUCUUCAAAGAUGCCUGCAGUACAAAAUACAAGCAAAGCAUAAAAAAAGGAUUCAAAUGACAAUUUCAUUGUCAGGAACUCCGAAUUAUGGGAUGCCAGCACAAAGUCUUUUCCCUUUGUAUAUAAUUUUGGCAAGGCCAGUUUCUAAUGUUGCAGUAGCAGAGUAUUCUGCAGUAUACCGCUUCAGUCGGGCAUGUUUGUUGACCAAUGGAGCUGAGGGGAUAAACCGAGCUCAAGCAAAUUUUAUUCUUCCCGAGAUUAAUAAGCUGGGAGCAGAGGUCAAGUCUAGCUCUCUUGCCAUCUUGUUUGUCAGCUGCGCUGAAGUCACAAAUUCUGGUUGUGCUAUUGAUUCAGACAAGAACCAUAUUGGCAUGACAUCUUUUCCAUCAGCAAAUUUUGAAGGAUUGUGUUUAUUGGGCAAGAUGCCGAUGGAAUUACUAUAUUUGUCCUGGGAGAAGUCUCCAAACUUGAAGUUAGGGGAGAGAGCUGAGAUUAUGUCAAAUUUUGACAUGCACUCUUGUUUUGUGAAGUUGAGUUGUACGGAUGAGGAGAAAUAUAUUGCAUUCCAAACGCCCCACAGUUUCGGAACUGCGAAUACUCCACAGCAGUUGGAAGUCAUCAUCUCUGCAGAGGAGAUUGGGGCUAAAGAAAAGUCUCCAUAUAAUUCAUACUCAUACAAUGACAUGCCUACCUCGUUGUCCCAUAUUAUGCGGUUGAGAACUGGAAAUGUCAUUUUCAACUACAGAUACUACAAUAAUAAGUUGCAGAGGACUGAAGUGACAGAAGACUUCUCCUGCCCAUUCUGCUUGGUAAAAUGUGCUAGCUUUAAGGGUCUGAGAUUUCACUUGUCCUCUUCGCAUGAUCUCUUCAAUUUUGAGUUUUGGGUCACCGAAGAGUAUCAAGCUGUAAAUGUAUCUGUAAAAACAGAGAUAUGGAAACCUGAGGUUGUUGCAGACGGUGUCGAUCCUAAGCAACAAACCUUCGUCCAUUGUUCAAAGCCACUGAGACGCAGGAAACCCAAAAACAUAUUUCAAAAGGCAAAGCAUGUGCGUCCACUGGUCCUGGACUCAAACUUUCCUGCAGCAAUCAAUGAGCUACGAAGCAAUACUGAUGGUCCUGCUGAGUACUUGGAACGUGAUACAUCGAGCCCUAAUGCCACUGGGGUUUCAAGUGCUACAGCUCACUCAUAUGCAGAUCCAGAAUGUGUCCAAUCCCUACCUGGAAGCAACCUUGGACCUCCUGCUAUGCUACAAUUUGCAAAGACAAGAAAGCUAUCUGUUGAACGUUCUGACCCUAGAAACCGGGCCCUCCUGCAGAAGCGACAGUUCUUUCACUCACAUAGAGCACAGCCUAUGGCAUUGGAGCAAGUUUUGUCAGAUCGGGACAGUGAGGAUGAAGUUGAUGACGAUGUUGCAGAUUUCGAAGAUAGAAGGAUGCUCGAUGAUUUUGUGGAUGUUACCAAAGAUGAGAAGCAAAUGAUGCAUCUCUGGAAUUCAUUUGUGAGGAAGCAACGGGUGCUGGCUGAUGGUCAUAUUCCGUGGGCAUGCGAGGCAUUUUCAAAAUUGCAUGGUCAAGACCUUGUCCAGGCACCCGCACUGCUUUGGUGUUGGAAACUAUUUAUGAUAAAACUGUGGAAUCAUGGUUUGCUUGAUGCACGGUCAAUGAACAAUUGUAACAUGAUACUUGAACAUUGCCAAAGCCAAGAUGCAGAUCUCAUGCGAAGCUAAAUUUAUUUGCAUUGGUGAAGGCCAUAUUUAAUUCUAACGGGGAUGGGGUUCCCGCUUUAGUUUACUGAUGAUCCGCCCAUCAUCACAUUUGUAUCAAUUUAUUUUCGGGUGUAUUUGUUCAGUUUAUUUAACUUUAUUUGGGCUGACGUCCAUCUUCUUGCAAGUUGCUGUCCUGCACGUAUAUGCUAUUCUAUGUACAACAGUACAAGAUUCAUAUGUAACCCAUCUUACAGUUUCAAAGAAGAAAAAGAAAGGAAAAAGACUUUCUUUUGUUUUGUUUGA